GAUUUAGGGUUUCACGUACAACUUUGUCAGUUGAUUUAGGGUUUGACGUACAACUUUGUCGAUGCCGAGUGAUUGUGGAAGGAGUGAAAAAGAAUCGCCACCGGAGAAGAAAUUGAAACUGGAGGCAGAGGGUGAUGGAUCUGCUUUGAAGGUUGAUGAUGGAGAUCAAAACGGGAAUGAAGAAUCUUCCAGCGAUGAUUCCGAUUCCGGCUAUGAUUCCGAUGAUUGGACUACUUGGCCAAAUAAGGACGCCUUUAUCAAGUACUUUCAACAAGUAAACGAGAGCGAUGGUUUUGACUUUGAUGAAUACCCUGGGUCGUCCAUGUAUACUCCCAUCCGCCCCUUUCUAAAAUCUGAUGGAUUACCUAAGUUUGCUGAUGAAAUCAAGGGUUAUGCUUCAAUGGCGAUCAAGUAUUACUUUGGCGAUGAUGUAUGAUCUAUAUCUUGUUAUUUGACAAUUCAUGUUGGCAUAUCUAGGAUUUUAAGGUUGUGAGUGAAAGUUUGAAAGGAUUUUUCACUAUUUUUCUUAUAUGUCUAGUCUAUUUAUUGUUCACGUGAGAUUUCUCGUAGGAUUGGCAGAUCUAGGAUUUUAAGGUUGUGGGUGAAAGUUUGAAAAGAUUUUUCACUAUUUUUCUUAUAUGUCUAGUCUAUUUAUUGUUCACAUGAGAUUUCUCUUAGGAUUGACAGAUCUAGGAUUUUAAAGUUGUGGGUGAAAGUUUGAAAGGAUUUUUCACUAUUUUUCUUAUAUGUCUAGUCUAUUUCCUGUUCACAUGAGGUUUCUCUUAGGAUUGACAGAGCUAAGAUUUUAAGGUUGUGGGUGUUAUGAAAGUGACGAAGUCAAAAAUAUAAAAAAGACAUGUUAACAAUGAGAUUCGAACUCAAACUUAGCAACACUAAAAGAGCCUUAAACACCCACCCAAGAGCCAAUGGACCAAUCAAAUUAUUUGUUCAUUGGGUGCUCUAUGUUAAUUUUAUACAAAUACCUCUUAAUUUCUACAUAAAUAUAUAUAUUUCGAAACGAGGUUAAUGGGUGCUUGAGCGCCCGGCAGACUCCAUGUGGGUCCGCCCCUGGAAAGAAUAUAUAGUGUUUUUUUACUAUCUGUAGCAAUGAAGUAUUGACUAUUGUCCAUCUAAGAGGAAAACUUAA